AUGAGUAUUGCUGCAUAUGCGUAUGAAGCUGACAGAGCUAAACGUUUAUAUUUUGGUCAAUACUCUCUCACACUUACUGACAAAUAUAUUGUUAUCAGUGAUGGAAAUACCGAGAAAUACAUAACAUGGAAGGACUAUGAAAAGUUUGACCCUAUUUUAACUCCAUGUACAAUGCCAUUCAUUGUAAAUGGUGAAGUUGUCAUGAAGAACGACACAACAGUAUAUAAGUCUGUAUAUGAAGCGUUAGAAUAUAUGUUGAAUUAUAAUCCCGAAAGAUUUGACCCAAGCACUACACCAUGUGCAAUGCCUUUUAUUAAGGACGGUGAAAUCGUAAGAGUUCCGGAUUCAACGGUUUAUACUGCUGUUCAAAACAGUUUACAAAACAUUUUAGCGAAUAUCUUUAAUUCAGAAACUACAGAAAUGAAAUUACCAUAUAUAACAGAUGCUAAAGAAAUUAAAUCAAAAACGACAACAUUAUUUACG